UGUUGCGGCUCAGCUGCGAUGCGACGCGUAAGAGAACCUUAACUUAUGAGGGGCUUCCUCAGACCUUAGGUGAGAGCUUUUGAGUUUCGUUCUUUGCGAAAAAGUUACAGGUUUUUCUUCUUUCGUUUUCAUCUUGAUCUGGAUUGGAGUGGAAAGGAAAUAGUUGACUUCAAAUAAUUCGCAUUGAAAUAGGUCGAGUUGAUUUUGGUUUGGUCUGCGCACGGGAUCCGUUGCAAUUACGCAUUUUCGAACCGCCCACAAGCAAGCACUCGCUCAACGAGCAGAGGAUACGAUACGAUACGGAGCUGGUCUUCCCCCCGAAGUUUAAAAUUAAUUUAAACCUCAACACUCUCAAGCCAAAAAAAAGAGAACAAUACAAUCAAACAAGAAAGCAAGCAAGAAAACAAACAAAAAUGUCGUCCGUCCCCCUAAAGCCCCUCCGGUCCACACACCAGGACGACGCGCCAUGCCCGGCGUACGCCGAAGACGCCUCGCCCAGCGUCUCCGCGGCGGCAGAAUCGCAGCCGUUCAUCAGCCUCUCGGAGCGCGACAUCGAGGCCGCGACCGUACCGCCGCCCGCGUACGCAUAUACUCAAAACCAGGACGACGACGACUUGGAGGGGGACACGGACAAGGACGACCCGUUCAAGCGGCAGUCGGUGCCCGUCAAGAUCAUCUGGGUCAUGCUUUCGGUGCUCAUGUUCGCGGUGGGCUUCGGCGGCGUGCUGACGCUGUUUAUCGUGUUUUUUAGGAUCUUGGUGCUGGUUUGGCGGAAGUUGGGGUUGUUGUGAGGGGGUGAGGGGAGG